ACUUCACGCGUCACAGUGUUUUGUCUGCCUUCCGUGUUUGAGAUCUAUUCUUUACAAAAGUUUUGAAAACAUCUGCUCUCCUAGUUUUAGAGAGGUUGAACAAACGAAAAACCGAUUUAGUAGCUGCAGUGGAAGAGAGAGAAAAAUUACACUAGCGAAGGUUUUGAGAAGUGUCUUGAAGUCUGAUGGCAAAGGAUAUUUAAUCGUAGCCAGCUCUGUACUGUGGUGAAUCACCGGGGGGGACAUAACCAUGGCAGCUCAGCGGGGAAGGGGUGACUUUGGCUACGGGUCACUUGAAAAUGCACCUGAUGGCCAGUAUCAAGAUAGACAGUUUGGAAGAGGUCAAAGUGAUGAAUUUGCAGACUUGGCCCAGCAAAUCAGUUCAGCUAUUUUCAAGAUUGCCAAUAAUGUCACAACUUUGGAGAAGGCUGCACGACAGAUGGGCACACCUAGCGACAGCGCUAUGCUCCGCAACAGAAUCCAAGCCAAUAUGCAGUCAACCAACAAAAUUGUCAGCGAGACAACCAUGUGUCUGAAAGAUCUGACUCUAAUGGGGCGCACCCUUGGAAGAUCAUCAAAGUUACAAGUUGACCGGCUGACAAAUGAGUACCAUGAUUCAGUUCAAAGAUACAGCGGUGUCCAAAAGAAAAUAGCGAGCAAGAUGAGGUCGUCUCCUGGUCCCUCCAUGGCGCCACCAACGUCUGAAAGCAGGGAAGUGGUGGCGCACGACGAAUCCAAGGCGCUGAUAGAAGAAGCUCGGAGGCAGGAGAUCCAGUCACAGCUACAGCAGCAAGACCAACAGAUAGAAUACGACAUGAAUCUGCUGCAGGAGAGGGAGGAACAGAUCCGACAGAUCGAGGCGGCCAUGCUAGAUGUGAAUGAAAUUUUCCGAGAUCUCGGUGCAAUGGUGUCCCAGCAAGGAGAAAUUAUAGACUCGAUCGAGGCUAACAUAGACAGGGCAUCCAGCAAUGUAGAGGGUGCCGCAACGCAGCUGCAGACAGCCAGCAAGUAUCAGCAAAAAGCGCGGAGGAAGAUGUGUUGCAUUGCGAUAUGUGUGGUGGUGCUACUUGCCAUUGUGGGCAUAAUUCUCGGUGUCACUUUGAAAUAAAAAAAGGAAGGAGAUAAAGCUCUCUUGUAAAAACUGUUCCAAUGGUGAAGUUGAUUCAAGAGGCACCAGUGUAACAUCAUAAUUGUGACAGACUUUAGGCAUACAGUUGAACAGCCUGAACUGACGCUUUGGUGCUGCGUCUGAGAUGCUGCAACAAUAGAGCUCGGACUUGUACAGUAUAAAUUAGACUUUUAAAAUUCAGGGCUUGACUAAUCUUUGUCUUUGAACUCCACCGUCUGUCACAAACAUUCAUCCAUUCAGAGCUAGAGGUGACUAAGGGCGAUAGGUUACUCAGGAGGGUAACUUUCUGUGCAACGGUUUCAAAGUUUCACUUUGUCCUGGGCUGACAGCAAAAAUGACAAAUUUCAAGCAGGCUAUUAAAGAAUUACUGAACAUGGAGGACGUGUAGCUUGUUGGAUGUUAGGGAGGUAGCUUUGCAAGGACAUUAUUAUGGAAAUUUUUUGGUGAGAAGGUGUCGGCCCAGAAAAAAAAGACGAUUGUGAGGGAAACUAUUGAUGUUUCAAUCAGCGUGCUUUGUUUGUUCUCAAGAGAAACAUCAAGACCUGUCCCAACUGGCUUGAAACUUUCCCACUACAAAUUCAUGGUGCACCAACUCUUUUACUUUACCAACCCACCAGUCACCAUUCCCAUCUUUUAAACUGUACAGCUACCUAAACUGGCCCGUGCUGGAAAGCCUGAUAGAGAUAGAAGUGAAUUAAUUUAUGUAAUGUGCCAGUGAAUGCAUGUACUUGGAAUGUAAACUGUGCCUCGAGUAUGGAUUAUUCCAAACUAAAAUUAACAUAAUUGAUUGGCAUCACACAGCGGAGACAUUCCAACAAGGCUAUUUUUUGUGUACGUUUACUUGACUGCAACUGCACAACUGAUAUGAACAUGCAAAUGUCAAUCUUCACACUAAACAAAACGGUAAAAGACAGUGUGUACAAAAUAGCCCCUCUAAUUAUGAUAUUUAAAUCCGCCGCUGGAACUACUUGUAGGGGAUAUGACAAUAAUUUUUUUGUAGGGGGCAGGGGGCUAUAAAAUGCCUGCUUAACUGAGAGUGUGUUGCAGGAUAUUAUUUGAUUAUCUCCACAAUCUUGCAAAGUUAACACACUAUAAUGUGACUACUCUCUUUUGGACAGAACCUGUAGUCUUUUACUUUUCAAUCUCCUACAUUUCAGGAUUUCCCACUUGAUAGAAAUUUAUGCAGUCAUCAGUGUAUAUUUUCCUUUUCAUUUUACUUUAAGUAACACCUUUAAAAAGCAAGAAAUCUGGCUGUUGAAAAAACCUUGCAAGCAUUAAUUUAUGGCUGUCUCGUGCAAUGGCAUAGCCAGGCUUUUCUCAAGGGGCGGGCAGGAGUUUCCAUGGAGGGGGUAGUUCACCCCACCCCACCCCUUGGCUACGUAGCCAGGGUCUUUUCUGGGGGGAGGGGGCAAGGCUUCCCGCAGGGGCAGUUCCCCCUCCCUGGCUACGCCACUGCUGUCAUGUCUCACUCUCUCGAACAGACGUUUUAAUUGCGGAGAAAUUUUCCUCGAUGUCAAGAGUCCUCAUCUUGUCAGACUAGCCAUGUCCAGGUACACACUAGAUGUUCUGUAAUUAUCUUAAACGGUGCAGAUGUAGAUGUUCGAGUAUGGUCAUUAAUUAAUACAUGUUAUGUUAUCAUAGGGUUUAUCAAUUCCGUUCAGUUUGACUUCAUAUUCUGUAUAGUAGAUCUGUAGUUACGGAAAUCAUGUUAUAAAUGCCACUAUAAAGUAAAAUGUUUGCAUUCUUGAAAUGCAGUACAUUUAUGUGUAUAUUCUGGUACAGGUUCCUAACACGUCAAUUUCAUUCAGAGAGAAAAUUUAUGAAUAACAUCGCGUUUAUUAUAAUGGAAAAAUUCCAUAUACUUCGAUGAAGCGAUCGAUAUGUGAGUAUGUAAUAAGAUAAUGAGAAAUAAAAGGAAUCCAGUGGAGCCGG